AAUGAUCCCAAAGUUCUAGUUUACGUUCUCCACCGUAUGUUCUCAUUUAAAAAGGCGCCAAAUCAAAACCCAGAAAAAACAAGCAUUCAAAAUCAAUUUCAAUAAUAUUGGGAGGAAUCUUCAAACAAAAUAGAAGGAAGUAAAGAACAUCACACAAGAAAAAAACGAGAAAUGUAAGAAUGGAAGGCGGGAUGAUAUCAGUAGACCGGUGGGCGAAAGGAAGCCAAGCCUACUUCCUAACUCACCUCCACUCCGAUCAUACUCGCGGCCUCUCGUCGACGUGGUCGAAUGGCCCGCUCUUUUGCUCUCGUAUUACCGCCAAACUCUUCCCUCUCAGAUUUCCUAACUUCAAUUUCUCGUUGCUCCGUGUUGUCGAAAUCGGGUCUUGGCAUCGUCUUUCUCUUUCAUCUCCCUCCACUGCUUCCCCUGCUACUAUUGACUUCAUGUCAGUUGACGCUCUUCACUGUCCUGGAGCUGUUAUGUUCUUAUUUAGGGGCGUGUUCGGACACGUGCUCUACACAGGUGAUUUCCGUUGGGAAACAACUGGUGAGAGAUCCCUGAAAGCCAGGAACAUGCUCCUUGAUGCACUCGCUGGUGCUACAGUUGAUGUCCUUUACAUGGACAAUACCUACUGUAAUCCUGCACACUAUUUUCCUACACGAGACAUUGCUGCUCAACAGGUUAUAGAGAUCAUUGCCUCACACCCAGACCAUGAUAUCAUCAUUGGGAUUGAUUCCCUGGGUAAAGAAGAUCUGUUGCUUCAAAUCUCACAGAGGCUAAAUAUCAAGAUCUGGGUCUGGCCAGAGCGGUUGCAGACGAUGCAUCUUCUUGGCUACCCUGAUAUCUUCACAACCAGGAGUUCCUUGACUAGAGUACGAGCUGUUCCCCGUUACAGUUUUAGCAUUAACACCUUAGAGGGCUUAAAUUCCCACAGGCCCACUAUAGGAAUUAUGCCAUCAGGUCUUCCAUGGGUAGUGAGACCCUUUGAGGGGAAAAGGAGAGACGACUUUGCUCUUUCAGUUGCUUCCACUAGUGGAAGGAAACAGGCAAGCAAUGGGACUCGAGUUGAAUGGAACAUGAGGUCUGUGGAGAAGGUUCAUCGUUACAUGUUCUCAGUUCCUUAUUCUGAUCAUUCCUGCUUUCGUGAAAUAAAAGAUUUUGUUUGGCACAUGAAGCCUUAUAAUGUGAAAGGAAUUGUGUCUCAGUCAGCCUGGUAUGUUGAUCCUGUUUACUAUUUGAACCACCUUUUUAAAUCAAGUCACGUAUCUCAGAAAACUUGUCUAGAUCCUGAAAUUCAUGUGGAAGUUGAAAAAGCUGAAAGGAAAGGAAAGAUGAAACGCAAGGAUUUCACAAGUGUCGGACCGAAAAAGAAGAGCACUGAGGUUAACUUUUUAGGUGUUCGGAUUCGCAGGGUGUCCAUACUGAGGCGGUUAAGCCGUGGUGUAAAACUUGUAGAAUGUGAUGAUCUGACCGAUUAAAGUGCAAUGUUAGCCUUUGGGUUUACUGAUGUUACAGUAAGAGGACAUGUGGAACGCCAACAGCUCAGAAAGAUAGGUUCUAGAAUUACAUGUUCAUGAAACAAUGUACUGAAUUCUAGUGUCAUGAGGUAUAAUUGAAUGGGAUGAUUUGGGGUCGUUGAAGCAGAA